UCUUCCCCCUCUCUCCGCGACCCCUCCCCAACCUGCGUUUCCCACAGCCCCCUGCUGCCCGCCUGUCCGGCUCCUCCUUGCCUCGGGACUCUCCCUCCUUUGGGGGAGGGGCGGAGGGGGAGAGUGUUUUCAGUUCCGCCUUAAAUCGACCAUUUCCACUCCCCCCUCCCCCUCCCCUCCCUCCCUCCCUUCUUCCUCAGACCCCUUCAUCCCAUUCCGAAGAGGAAGGAACAAAAGGUCCGAGACCCCCCUCCCCCCCACGAUCCUGCCUAGGAGGGGCCGCCGCCUCUGAUGAGGUUGGAUAAAGAAAGCCACUUUGUUUCUGUGAAUUGCUGCUAUCUGUGGUAAGAACAUGUCAUCUAUCUUACCAUUCACUCCACCAGUUGUGAAGAGGCUGUUGGGAUGGAAGAAAUCUGCCAGUGGUUCAGGAGGAGCAGGUGGUGGAGAACAGAAUGGACAGGAAGAAAAAUGGUGUGAGAAAGCGGUUAAAAGUUUGGUGAAGAAGUUAAAGAAAACUGGAAGAUUAGAUGAACUUGAGAAAGCUAUCACCACUCAAAACUGUAAUACGAAAUGUGUAACGAUACCAAGCACUUGCUCUGAAAUUUGGGGACUGAGUACACCAAAUACGAUAGAUCAGUGGGAUACAACAGGCCUUUACAGCUUCUCUGAACAAACCAGGUCCCUUGAUGGUCGUCUACAGGUAUCUCAUCGAAAAGGAUUGCCACAUGUUAUUUACUGCCGCUUGUGGCGCUGGCCAGAUCUUCACAGUCAUCAUGAACUUAAAGCAAUUGAAAACUGUGAAUAUGCUUUUAAUCUUAAAAAGGAUGAAGUGUGUGUAAACCCAUACCAUUACCAGAGAGUGGAGACUCCAGUUUUGCCUCCUGUGCUAGUGCCACGGCAUACUGAGAUUCUAACAGAACUACCCCCACUGGAUGACUAUACUCAUUCCAUUCCAGAAAACACUAAUUUCCCAGCAGGAAUUGAGCCCCAAAGUAAUUACAUACCAGAAACACCACCCCCUGGAUAUAUCAGUGAAGAUGGAGAAACAAGUGAUCAGCAAUUAAACCAAAGUAUGGACACAGGAUCUCCAGCAGAACUCUCUCCUAGCACUCUUUCCCCAGUUAAUCAUAGCUUGGAUUUGCAGCCAGUUACUUAUUCAGAGCCUGCAUUUUGGUGUUCAAUAGCAUAUUAUGAGCUAAAUCAGAGGGUUGGGGAAACCUUCCAUGCAUCACAACCUUCACUGACUGUAGAUGGAUUUACAGAUCCGUCAAAUUCAGAAAGAUUUUGCUUAGGUUUACUCUCCAAUGUUAACCGAAAUGCCACAGUGGAAAUGACAAGGCGGCAUAUAGGAAGAGGAGUCCGCUUGUAUUAUAUUGGUGGAGAAGUUUUUGCUGAGUGCCUAAGUGAUAGUGCAAUCUUUGUUCAGAGUCCAAAUUGUAAUCAGAGAUAUGGCUGGCAUCCUGCAACAGUGUGUAAAAUUCCUCCAGGUUGUAAUCUAAAGAUCUUCAAUAACCAGGAAUUUGCUGCUCUUUUGGCUCAAUCUGUGAAUCAGGGUUUUGAAGCCGUAUACCAGCUAACUAGAAUGUGCACCAUAAGAAUGAGUUUUGUCAAAGGUUGGGGAGCAGAAUACAGAAGGCAGACAGUAACAAGCACCCCUUGCUGGAUUGAACUUCAUCUGAAUGGACCCCUACAGUGGUUGGACAAAGUAUUAACUCAGAUGGGAUCCCCUUCAGUGCGUUGCUCAAGCAUGUCAUAAGACCUUCACAUCCUAGUUCCAGUGGACUAAAUAUUUAGUCCUGUCAACAGACUUAAGAUAACGACUUGUCUGUCGUAGUAUUUUUGUGUGGUCUCCAUGAACUGUUUACUAUCCAAAAAUUCAAGAGAGAAAAAACAGCACUUGAGGUCUCAUCAUUUAAAGCACCUUGUGGAUUCUGUUUCCUAUUAUUCUAUUAGAUGGAAAAAUUAGUGUAUAGAAAUACCUUCUUCUGAAAGGAGGAAGGGGAGGUUUUAAAGACUUAAUGGUGUCUUAUUGGGCAUAAAACUGAGUGUCCCAAAGGUUUAAUAAUUACAUAAAUAGUUAUGUACAGGUAAUGUAUCAUGAUCUCUAAUAUCACAGUAUUGUUGUGCUAUUCAUCCAUUUUUAGUUUCCAUAAAUAGGUGUGUGUGUGCGCACUGCUUCUUGAUUUAGGCAAACCUUCUGUAAAAUUGCAAGUACUUAAGCUGUUAUCCCCACUUUUCCAUUAUUUUUGUUUUUUUAAUAUAUGCACACAUAUAUAAAUAUAUAUAUAUGUACUUAUAUAAUCAGAUCUUCAUUUUGUCAUGAAGCAGAUUUUCCUUCUCAAAAACUGAUUUUUCUGCCUUUUACCAAAAAUAAACUAGUGGGGGAACAAAAGUGGGUUAACCUUUUAAAAUUUUAGACCUUUGGUGUAUUCAGUGGGGCUUAAAUAUCCAUUUUUGUUGAUUUACUGUUAAUCCCAUUGUUUUAGAAAUCAUUGAUGUGGUGGUGUUGUUUUCUUAAAACUCCUUCUUACCUUCCCUCCUUUCUCCCACUAUCAUUCUUAUACCAAAACAGCGUAGCAUGACAUCUGUUGCCAGUAAUGGUUGCACUGAUACUGCUGGCACAAGUUAAUUCUGGGGUAUAAUUAAAAUUCAUAUUUAGUGAAUCCCCUUGUCCUACAAAUUUUGACAAAUAGUAAUUGACUUGUGCAAACUUAGCAGUUUAUGGAUUUAUCCUUUGCACCUCAUAUGUACAGGUGGCAGUAUGAUUUUUUUCAGGGAUAAGCUAGAUUUAUUUCAGUAUAUUUAUCUUUUUUAAAAAAGUCAACGUGUAAGUUUAAAUACACUGAUUUUUUUUAAGUAUUUCAAAAUAUUUCAGUAACAAACCAUAUUCUUUGAUUUGAGUGGUUUCAUAUUGAUUAGUUACCAGAUUGUAUUAUGUACAUUAUGAAAUACAGGCCUUGUAUAAAUGUAAUCAGUUCAGAAAAUGACUAGAAAAGCGGGACUGAGGAACACUCAGCAGAGAAGGAUUGUUUGUUUUUAUGAUAUGCUGUACUCAAAGAUUUACAAUCUCCAUCAUAUUCUAAAAUUACGGAACUCCAGAAUUAAAUGGUUGGAAAGGGCCUCAAAUUUUCUUGUUUACAUGUUGCCUGCAGUCAGGACUGAACUUAACCCUGAAUUUUAGAAGGUUGUCUAUCUUAAUCUUAUUUAAAAGUCUCAAGGGAAGGAGAUUCCAGAAGCUCCUUUGGUACUCCUUUAUGUCAUAAUAUAAUUCUUCCUUAACUUUAAUUUCUCUUACCAUAGUUUAGGCGUUUGCUUCCAUUCCAUCCUUGAUGGAAAUGGAAAGGUGUUCUUCCUCAUUUCCCAAGAGAUCUCAUCUUCUAACUCAACUCUUUAGUCACUUUUGGUUGUUUUUGCUCCCCUGGUUUCCAUAUACCUUUUUGUUUAUAACUUCACAUUUGGCGUGGUACUUAUUAAGUACCUCAUUUGAGAUUCAGAUUUUUGUUUUAAAUAAAGAUUUGCUCUACAAAGAUACAGAUUGAAGAAUCUGAGAAAAUGAGUUCCUGAUUCAUUUUGCUUGACAAGUGUCCUCACUGCUUCAGCUAUCAUGCUGUUCAGUUUUUCCUCUACUUGAAGUCCUUGCUGCUGAAGUCUGCUGCCAUCGCUUCCAAAGCUGUCACCACCACUGUUUUAAAGCUGCCAUCACUGCAGUAAUGACACUGAAGUCUCCACUGCCUCUGCCAGACCUCCUGCCAACAGUGGGGUUCCAGCUUGGAACUACUCAACUUAUUUUAGCAAUUGCUUAUCUUUGAAGCUGGUACCAGCAUCUAAAGUGAUCAGUGCCAGAGCUGUUGUGCUGCUCUCAGGAGCUGUUGUUAAUGCCAGUGGAACUCAAGCCACCUGAUUGACAGCUUUCUUUGGAGUGGUAGAAGGGACUGGUAGUUGAGGCAGGAGCAUUAGCAAAUGUCAUUGAUACCAGGUGAGACAGUAACAUCUGGCAUUGUCAACAUAUUAAACAGGGGAGCAUAUUUCUACAGAGUAAUGGAAAUUAAUGGGAGUGAAUUAUUUUCAUGUAUAAAAUGAAGCUUUACACAGAACUUUCUAUAAACACCUCUGUUGCACAAAGCAACCAUACCUGUAACAUCAGAAUUACUUCAUAGUGAUGGUUAGUUACACUUCUGUGAACAACAUAUCCCAGUGUCAUGUUAACUUUUUAAUGAAAAUACAUUGCUGUCUCAUUUUAUUUGUUUAUAUGUCACAGUUUUUGCUAUUCUUGAGCCUAUAGCCAGUGAUUAGUUACUAUUUUGUAGUCGUGGCCUUUUUAUUUACCUUUUAAGUGCACUAUUUCUACUUAAAAUAGAUUUCCCUCUCUACUGAAUUAUAUCUUUUUACAUGUCAAGAUCGUUUAGAAUUUUAUCCUCCAAGGUGCUAGCAUUUUCCCCCCAACUUAUUAGCAUCAUUGAAUGAACUGAAUAAUCAAUUUCCCUAUUUCAUAAUAUCAGCCAUUAGUUAAAAGUACAAAUUCAUACUGGACCUAAGUCAACCAUUUGGAACUGUUACUUUUUGCCCUUACCUUUCUUGCCCAUAACUAACCUUCAGUGGUUAGCUUUGGUUAUUUCCAAGUAUGACAUUCCAGCUACUUGUAUACUUAUUGUUGUUGGUCAUAUUUUUAUAUCAUGUAGGAAAAGAAAAGCCCUUAAAGUACAAGCAUAUUAUUCCUUCUGUUCCCUCUAUUUUGGAGGCCUUCCUAUCAUUCUAUAGAGAGGAAUAUAACAGUUUUCCUUACAUAGACCUGUGUUAUAACUGUGCCUAUAUUUGUCCAUGUUUGUGUUUUUGAGAUAUUAUUUAAUAUUUUCUCUUCCUUUGAGAUACUUUCUCUGAACAAUAUACAGUUCUUUACUAAUCCAACUUUCCAUAAAAUUCCUUAUUUCCAUGAAUAUGUUGCUUUUUUUCUUAUGAAUUAUUUUGAAUUAUACCAUUUAUUGAUCAGUUUCACUGAGGUGAAAAGCAGUUAAUGUUUCCAUUGAGAUAAAAUAAAACAUUAUGCUUAAUCUAAUAUAUUUCUCUUCCUCUGCCAAAAGUUGCCCUGACAUACUUUAGGAAUUUGGGAGAUUUUUUUUUAAAUCCUUCUAAAAUUAAAUUGAGUGCCUGCUAUCUGUAAGAUAUUGUACUAGGCUAUGGCAGGGAGGGGUAGGGGUCUUGGAUAGAAACACAGCUUCUGGCUUUUUGAAGCUUACAAUCUCAUCAACAUUUCUGUACAAUCUGUUUCUUUUGUUAAACAUGCUAAUCUUUAAGGCUCUUCCUUGCCUUUUCUGCCCAAUUAUAUCUCAAUCUUGCCAAUUGUCAUCUGUAUUUUUAGGGGAAAAGUUAAGUGUUUGAUUUAUUCCCAGUUCUUGCUGUGUUGGCAUUUUUAUAUAUCAGAUAUUUUUUCUUACAGUUUCUCCUUGCUUUUCUUAAUCUUCCAUAUAGCUCACUGAACCUAAUGUAAAACUCUUUUUACUAGAGUAGCUAAAUUUUUGUUUAUGAUAUACUUCUCCAAAAUUAAUAUAUUCUAAUGUAAGUGUUCUCGAUGAAGUCCCUUCAUUCAUGAGUUGUAUAUGAGAGUACCUUCUUUCUUCUUUGUUAAUACCUGAGAAUUGGAAUUUAUUCAUGACCUUAUGGAUAAGCAGCAUAGGAUGGCAUUGACCAGUGUCUACUGAUAUAAAAGACAGCCCAAGUCCUGGUACUACAUUUUAGUCAACAAAUUGAUGGCUAUAUUCUUACCAAGUAGUAGGACAUGCUUUCUGGAAGUUGUAGUCAUUGAUUUACCAUUACUUUUGGUCUUUUAGGUUAUUGUACUUAAUGUAGAUCAAGACUGAGAUGAAACUGUCAGUUUCCAGAGGAAGCUUUGUAUUUCUGUCCAAAAUGCCAGCUAGAAAACACCAACAGUAUCCUUGUUCAUAUGAUAGCAACUCAUAUCAUUUCAUUUCAAGAGCAGAAGCUGAGACAUUGUUCAAGGUCAAAGUAACUCCAUAAUUAAUAGAAUUAAUACAUGUAGUCAUCCAAACAUUGAGAAGUUGUUUAGGUCUUAGCAAAAAACAAAUCUACCCUGCUCCACCUUUUAUUUUUACUGAAAGCCUUUAUUCCUUUACAAUUUACUUUUAUAUAUCAGACUUAUAGCCAGCUUUAGGAUCAUGGCCUGGAAUUAAAAAGGAUCCUAGGGGUCACCUAUUCCACCUUCUUCAUUUACAGAUAGAGAAAUUGAAGUUCUCUGCACUCAGCAUUUAUUAGUUCAUUUUUGUAGACAAUUUAUAAGAGGAUAAGCCUCGUUUGUGUUAUACAAAGCUUAGUGCAUUGACUUAAGUAAGAGCUCAUGUGACUUAAUGAGUAUUGCCUUCCUUCUCUGUGUUUAGAUCACCUUGGGAGUGCCAGGACUAACCAUAACUUACCUUGAGCGCUUGGGAUGGGCCAGAUAAUUAGUUUAUUUCCAGCCCUGCCUGUAUAUCCCAGAACAAUGGAUUUUCAAGUGUUCUUCAGAUUUACUAAGUAAAACCCAAAGGAUAUGGCUAGAUUUAUAUUAACUGUAUAAAUGCAAGUCCAAUGGCUGUUUCAGUUAGCAAUAAUGGGUUUUCAUGACAGUCACUGGUAGAAAUCUCAGAACUCUGACAGGGGAAAGGGAUGGAGAAGGGGGUUGUUUUCUUUCUCCCUCCAUUUCUCCAACUUCCUUUUCCCUAUGCAUCCCUUUCCCCAACCCACCUCUCUAAAUAGGGUGGGGAUGGGUGAGCAAGUAACAGUUUCUAAAAGAAAUUUUCCCUUUUUAAAAUCCUUUAAACAUAACAUAUAUAUGUAUAUGUAUAUGUAUGCCCCCCCCCCAAGUAACUCUGUCAUCUACCCUGUUUGCUCCGGCUGUUUGGUUGCUUUUACUGAAUGGUAGGGGGUGGGGGGAGAAACCUCCCUGAGGGAAGAACAAGCCCUAUUUUAGUAAAUGUAUAUAUUCUUGCCUCUAUAAUCCAAUAGUAAUUUGUGUUAGUCAUAGCCCCAUACCUUAUCUUAGAUAUAUGCUACAUUCAUGAAUCUUGUUUUUUAGUCUGAUAGUAAAAGUAAAACACAAAGUAACUUUAUCUUUACCAUAUACAUACCACUUUUUUUAACCACAACUUUUAUAGCAUAAACAUCCAUAAUGUAAUUAGUGAUGAAAAAGUUAUAAUACUAUCAAUUUUUUAUUUUAAAAAGUAAACAUUUUAACACUUAAUUGUGCUUGCAGUAUUAGGCUAUAACAAGCAGUUCUGCAUUUGUCUAGCUAGAUCACAGAAUUUAAGACAAAAUAAAGAUGUUUUAAUGAAAGAAUAUUCCUUUUGCAAUCUAUUCCUUAGGUUCGAUAUAUUUGUACACUAAGAUUAGAACAUACCUUGAUAAUUCUGGGCCUAAGGAGUCAACCUUUGAGGAAAAUCAUUCCUUGUUGUCAUGUUCUCUUUCCAACUAUUUGAAGCAAGAUAAUGGGAAUUAGUCGGCAUAGGGUAUUUUCAUUUUUAAAAAGAAAAAAAAACUGGAUUAUAUAUUUUCUCUCAGAUAAUCUCAAAAUUGUAUACUAAAAUACUAUAACUGGAUAAAACUAAUAGUACCUCUUGAAAAUUAUUCAGACCAGUUCAAUUGCACUUUAGGGGAUUUGACUGAAAUACAGGUUUUACAUACUUCGAUAUGUUUUGGACUCUUAGUACAUUUAUCACUUAGGCUUUCCUCUUAAGCUAUAAUUUACCUAAGUAUUCUUGACUACAUGUAAAAUAGGCACCUUUGAAUAUAGUAUUUCUGGAGUCCCCAGCCUUUUAUGCAAGACUCAUAUGGAGAAGCCAGCCAUUGGCAAAUAUCCUGAAAAUAUAUUUGGGCUGAUAGCCUUAAAGGCAGCCUUAUGCUGCUGAAAAUGUUUGAAAAACAAAUCCUAAUGUGUUCUGCAGCAACUCUGGGAGAAGUUGAGUAAAGGUGAGUAGUGUUUGUCUUUUUUCUAGUUUUCCAUCAUUCCAUGCCUACUUGAGUCCUUUCCUUUCUUAACAGAGCAUCUACUAGUAAUAUCCCUACUGGGUGUCGGCAAAGUAUUUGGCUUUUGAAAGAGCACCAUGUUGGUGUGUGCAAAGUUGUAGGAAAUGAUGACUAAAGACACCAGAAUGAAAUGAGUUGAAUUGUAAUGAGAUUUUGGUAACACAGAUAUGGGUAGGUAGUUUGAUGGAACAAAGGAAGUGGCAACAUAUUUGUUGUGUUCUCCAGAAACUAUGUAUGUAUAUGUAUGUAUAAAUCAUGUGUUCUUAUUCGGGUAAAUUAAACCUCGAGUUUGAAUCAUUCAUAGUAAAAAAAACUAAGGAAUGAUUUAUGAGUUCCUUAUCUGCUGAAGAACAUUUCAGCAUUAGUGCUGUCUCUCACUGUAUUUCCUAAAAUGCCCUGUCCUAAGUGUACACAGCCAGAAUGUGAUGUUAUAUUCAGUUUCAAUGAAUGUUCUAUGGGAAUUUUUGACAAUGCACCAGCUAGUCAGGAGAAGGAAUUGGGUGUUCAGAUGAAUAUUUUACAGCUACUCCAUCCUUACGGCCUCACACACCUAAGGUGCUUACCAGCUAGAACACUGACCAUGUGGAGUGAAAUUUUCUGGAGUGGCAUUAAUUUUGUAAUGCAAUAUGAAGGAUGUAGAGUCAGCUAUAAUUUUCCUACAUGGUUUUAAAUGACUGCAUCCUCUGUGCACUGUGAUAGAUGUGUUCUUUGUAAGCUUUAAUGUUAUGGUAGUCAAAAGUCCUUUGUGUUGUUUUUUUUAAGCUGAAGCUUUAUUGCAGCUGGUUUUCAAGUUAAAAUAUUGUGAAAUACUGAUUUCCUUCACUCCACCCACACCAAAUAUUUUAGUCUAUUUAAAGUACAAAAAUAGUUCUGCUUAAGAAAACAUUGCUUAAAUGUACUGUAAUUCCUGGUCACUUUAUAUAUACAUAUAUAUAUGUGCUUUAACUUUUUACUUUGUUUGCUCUUUACCUGUGUUAACAGUACUUUCACAACUAAAAAGGUGAAUUUUUUUCCCCUAGCAUUAAAAAGAGCCAUUUGAGAUGUUUACCAUCUUACUAUGGAAGCUGUUUGUUUUCUUUUUUUAAAUUAAGAAAUUUAAUUAUUUUCUUGAUCAAUGGAGGGCAUGACAUGUUUCUUUCAGAGUGUUCAUCAGUAUUUUUUCCUUAGCAUACACUGAAAUGAAAAAUAUACUUCACCUAGGUGAGUACUUCAUUCUAAGGUAUCCCAGUGAUUUCAAAGGAAUAAAUUAUCUUCAGUACUGGAUGUAGCUGACCCAUACACUUGACUCAUAAAAGGGAAUAACUGACCUUUGUAACUGCUAGUAAUUUGGUUUUGUCUUAUUUUAUAACCUGCAUAUCCUAAGUUGAUGAUCAGGUUCAUAAGAAACAUGUUGAAAACAAGCACAUUCUAAAAGAUUAUUUAUAUUUUUAAUGAACUCUUUGAGAAUGCAUUUUUUAAAAAAAUAUAUACUGUAAUGGAAAUAUGUGCUUUUCAGAAAAAGGAAACUUUUAAAAGGGCCUACCUGAAUGCAGGUUAGUUAUGGAAUCACAUUAUCAUCUGGUGACUUUAAAGUUGAAAGAGCUCUAAUUAGGUCUGAGCUUUUCAGCUACUAAAUACAGAGUUUAACAUUUUUCCUAUGUAGGAAGCUAUGUUUUAUUUAAAUUGUUUUUAUAUAGACAUGCUAGAAAGGAUUCUGAAUACAUGGAACUGAAUAUACUUAGAGCUCUCUGGAAAACUUCAGUUAUCUACUAUUGUCAGCAGAAACUCUUGAAAUAGUCAUCCAGAAGCUUCUGUAGCUCUCUUGAAUUAAGCUUGUCUUCCAUUUCCUUUUCCUACUUCCUAUUACAUAGGCAUGAAGGAUUUUGAUUACAGUCUGCUUUUUUGAGGCAGCUGUCUUGAGCUGAUGAUGAAUCUGAAGAUUAUAAAUGUGUACUAGUGUGCAUUUAGGGACCCUGCACACAACAAAUUAUAUUUUAUCAGUGCAAGAAUGAAGGGAUUCAAUUGUCAGACCUAGGCAGAAAAUCGAGGUCAGUGUGCCCUUGAAAAAGAGGGUAAUGGAGAAAGUAUAGCAGCAGACUAGACUAAAAUACUAGACACUGGUAGUUUAUGGUAACCUUAUGACUAUGAAAUACAUAUCAUGUAUAAAUGUUACAUUUUAAAAAAUAAUUUGGCCAGUCACAAAUAACUUUACUUCCUCUACCCAAAUCAAGUCUCAAAAAACUAUAAGCCAGGGGGCAGCUAGAUGGCACAGUGGAUAAACCACUGGCCCUGGAUUCAGGAGGACCUCAUUUCAAAUCUGGCCUCAGACAUUUACUAGCUGUGUGACCCUGGGCAAGUCACUUAACCCUCAUUGCCCUGCAAAGCAAAACUAUAAGCCUGCCAUAUGCAAAGCACUAACUAGGUGCUAAGAGUAUCCUUAAGUUUAGAAUCAAGUUGUAUAUGUUUCAUAAAUACUCAAAAGAACAAAAUUUAAAAGUUGGAGACAGUAAUAAUUACAAAAUGUUGACAAUCUGCUGAAUGGUUUGUAUAGAAAAUAAUUCGUCUAUUUUGGAGGCAGGAGAAAUCACUUCAGACUGUCAGGUGGCUUCGUGGAGGCUGUGGGAUUUGAGCUGGGUUUUGAAAGAAAUGCUGAAAGCAUUUCCUUCAGGUUGUGGCACAGCAUGAACAGAGGUCUUGGAAUGCAGCUGCUAUAUUUUAGAACUAGAUAUGUGAAAGCAAAGUGGAAGUCAACAGAUACUAGGAAAACUGCUCUGCUAAGCAGACACAGGACAACCACAAACAGGGUAGACAUUUUAGAACAUCUUGAUGCAUGCAUCUAGCAACCUGGAGCAGAAACUGUUAUCUGUCUAGAAGUAAAAAACAAUUGGAUCCAGUGGUGCUUAGUAAUGAGGAAUGGUGAUGAGUGGAGGUAUGAGAAAAUGUCCCAAAGCAAAAUUGUACAGCUGAAAAUGUCUUCAUUUGAGAGGAUAAUUUUUAUAUGUGUACAGUAUUGAAAAGUGAGUCUCUGUGUUCAUACUUAAUAGUGUCAAUAGUCAAAUACAAAGUGCUCCAAAAAUCUUGGUACAGUUUUAAAUGAUUAAAGCAAGUUACAGAGUUAUUGAUAGGUUAAUAAAGCGUAAAACUGCAGUAAGAAUUUUGGGACACUUUGUUAAGAUUGUAGAUUGGUAAUUGCUUUAGUUGAAAUAUUAAAGCCUUGCAUAGAAAGGUGCUCCCUGCCCACUGAUCUUCACAGGGCUACUGGCAGGAAAAAAUUAGUUUUCUCAGCUCAGUUUUUUCACUUUAAUGAGCUCUGCCUAUCUACAUAUUUUUAAUAGUAAUAGUUACUAGUGAAAGGCAAUAACUAGUUACAAUUUUGAGCAAGCCCCAUAUUGCAUAAAAAUAAAAUUAUAAACCUCAGAAAGGUUGACCCACUUUCUUAAGAAUGAAGCUUGGGAGUACUUUUGCGGUAAAAUGACUACCUCAUCAUAGUUUAACAUCUGGAAUAAAAGUGUCAUUUAGGAAUGUCUACCCCUUUUACAUAGAAAAAUCAGUUCAGUAACAUUUUACCCAAGAACCACAAGCUACUUCGUUCCAGCUUUUAAAACCAAGAUAUUAAAUAACGUGGUGUCACUGCAUUUUAAAAUCUACUUAUUCACACACACACACACACACACACACACACACACACACACACACACACACACACACACACACACCCCUUUUUGAGGAAUUGAAUUUUUCAGACAUAAUUGAAUGCUUUCAUCUGUAACAGAAUUAGUAGCCUGCAAACCACUGUGGUUUCUUGCUGUGCUGUGAAGUUGUUAAGAGUAUAUUUUCUGUUACAUGAUAGAUAAAGGAAGUGUGAGGUAAAGGAAAGGAUUUAUAAUUUUUUACCCUAAAAUGAAGGCCAUUGACAAAAUGUACCAAAAUAGAUUAAACUAGUUUAUAGCUAAAGCAUCAAUCUUUUUGUGUCUUCUUUCACGGUUUUUAUGUGCCCAUCUAAUUUAACAUCAUUGUAAAGUCAAACCUCGAUUCGUAAGGUUAGAAACUAACCUUUCAAUAAAAGUUUUGUGAAAUGAAAUUUCUAAAGGCAAAUGUAUAAUGUAUAUUUUCUCACUGGGUAAAAAUGUUUCAUCUGCCAACACACUAGUCUUAUCUUUCCCACCAUGAAUACAACCUGUACCUAGAAAAAAUUUAAAAGCUCAUAGUAAUUUGUGGCAUAUCCAGGUUAUUUAACAGAUAGCUGAUAUUUGCUGAAAUUGGAGAAGUAGUCUAAGGAUAUGCCUUGUUCCCUUUCUGACAUUUAAUGUUCAGCAUUUACCCAAAAAUCAUCUUUGAAGAUGUUAAUGUUUUUCAUGUAUUUAUGGUUAAUUGCUUUGAGCCUGACAGGAUUUAGAAUCAAUGAUGUGUAAUAAUUGGAUAAAAGAUAUAUUCAAAGUACAAGCAAUUUCAAAACUCUGAACUGUUAAAAAAAAAUCCAGCUACUGUAUGAUUGGAUUGGGACAGGCAAUUGUAACAUCCCCAAAUGGGAAGGAAAUGCAAUCAUUACUCCUGUAGAAUUAUUUAGGUACUUGGCAGCUAAAAGAGGAAUACCUUUAAAAACUGCUCCAAUUAGAGGUAUCUCUUUUUAUUUUGUCUUAAUCACUUAUAGUUUAUAUGGGGAGAUUUACCUUUAUUUUUGCUAUUAUGGACACUCCUCCCAAAGACAGAGAUUACAACCUUCUUAGACUUUGAGAUCUCCUAGGUCUUUGAGAAAUUCUUUGGCCGAAAAAGUAACCCCACCCCCAGCCCCUUUCCAACUACAAGCUUCCCCAAAUUUAGGUAGGCUUGAAUCUUGAGUCCUACAGAGUAUCCCAGAGAUUGUGCUAUACUUGGUAUAGUCUUCAAGGAUGCACAGUGUCAACAACACUACAUGGGACAAUGAAAAUGGGAUUUUAAUGAAGAAUGGUGAAAAGCAAAAAUCCUACAUUAAUUUAGGCAAGAUACCUUAAUUCUUUUGGAUGAGGGAACAAGAAAGUCAGUUCAGCCAUACUUUGCCAAAUCUGUUUCCAAGAAAGUCACAAUAACUCAAAACCCCUCUUCCCUUUAGCUCUUGACCCAGUAGCUUCUUACUCCUCCCCCUCCCCACCCCUGACUGUCUACAUGAUCUCAGAAACCAGAAAUGGAGGUUUGAAACCUCUUGUUGUGGUACCUUGAAAAACUGUGCAAAGUAGCUUAGCACUCCUCCCUGCCUCUCUCCUUUCUCCAUGAAGAUUGUUGCUUUACCUUUGUGUGAAAGGUGAUACCUCUCAUCCCCCAUAGGGACUGAAGAAAAGGAAGAAGUUGAAGACAAACUGCUGCUUGCCUAUAUGCUAUUAUAUUUGAACUAUUGUGAUUCAUGAGGAAAUAGACACAAACAAGUUCAAGUGUACCCACUAAGUUGUAAUUCAACACUACUUACUGUUGUCCACUGCUUUGGAUUCUCUGUGCUACUUCAUUACCUUUGAACAACUAAUAAUACCAUAUGAAAGUCUUGAAUGGUUGCAAAUAAAGCACAAAUCAUUAGAAAGGGGUGACCUUGGGUUGUCACAUUCUCAUCCAUUUAUGCCCAUUCUAAAAAUUAAGAGAAUAAGUACAAGAUGCACCUGUUCUAUUUUGUACUGAGUAUUUUGAGGUUCAGAAAGGACUUUUUUGGAAAAAGCUUUAACAGUAAAUAUUGGGGAAAUGAAAUCUAGACCUGACACUAACGCAUGAUUGAGAAUGGACUAUAUUAUUUUGCUUCUAACACAAGUCCCUGAACAGUUCAUUAAUCAUAUCUUUUCUAGGUUAAUACUGCUUCAUGUGACUAGUUUUUAUUAUAAUGUCUUUGUAAAUUAAAAAAAAAACAUGUUGACGUUCUUUACUAGAGACUUGAAAAAAUUAUAUAAAUUUCUCUU